CCUCAUCACAGUCAUCUACCUCAUAUUGUAUCCACGUGCUUCAAACGCACAACAAGAGUGUCACAAUCGCUUCGGGCCCAAUGACUCAAUCACAGUUAGAAUCAUAUGCUAAGUCCUCAUUCUGAAUCGCUGCUGCAAACCCUCACCCUCUCACCUUCCUCUGGAUUCUCGAUUCUUGGCAUUGACUUCAACCUCACCAUGUCUCGAAACCACAAUCUUAGAGAGCAGUCGCGCAGAAUGGCUUCCCACCACGGUCCUGGUCCCCAGCUCGCCAAUGUCGAGAUCGGAAGACUGAUCAAAUGCCGUGAUUGUGGAAUCAACGCCUUCCCUGCUCGGUUCUCGAACAAACAGCUUAAUGAGUAUCGUCGGGAACUCCUCAAUGUACGACAUGGCAAAGCCGCGACCCUUCCGAGAUGCAUCAGUUGCACGCCCGGCAAUGUCCAAGAGCUCAAGUGCCGAGAUUGUCGAGAGGUCAAGCCAGUCGAAGAUUUCUCUCGGAAUGCCAGAAGUCAACCAGACAAUGCAAGGUGCAGACCAUGUGUUCAGGCAACAGAGGAUCUCGUCCCAGAUCUCGAAGAGGCACUGGCCGAAGAGCAAAUUCGCGAGGAAUAUGAGAAACACCCACACGGGACCUCAGUCUCAUCGUCCCAUCAUGGCUCGACUUCAGGCUAUUCACAUGCCGACUAUGCUACAUCCGACUCAGCUAGUCAGCCUGCUUCUAAUAGGCACGGAGUCUUUGUGAACAAUAAGCAUGACUCGGCCUGGGAUGACCCUCCACAAUCUACAUCUUCCUCCGUUUCUCCCCCGAGCACAGUACACUCAGCACGGGCUUCCACUUCAUACAGUCGAGCUCCUAGUGGUAGCACUCGAGGUGGAUUUUCAAACAUAUCGGCAUACAGACCACCAGUGGAGGUUCGUGUUUACGAGCAAAUGCAGCGACAGCGACAAUUGCAACAGCAACAACAGAGCCAGAGGGACCAAGGCAAUCAGCAGGCUCGAGGCACUGCCAGCGGAAGACGAGAUGAUUCUGAUGACGAAGAGGACUCUGACUUCGAAUUGUGAAUCACGGAGCCCAGAUCAGAAUGCAAGAGAGCAAAGUGACCUAGCAUCAGAGCCAUCGCCAACCAUUGCAGAUCAUUACCUUAACAAAGGCCGCACACAAUUUUUGCAGCAGCUAGCAUCUCGAGUUCCAGCUCUCCAUUCUGAGACAAUAUGCCUCGAGAUCAGAGCGACAGAUGGGUGCGAAUUUGAAUUUGCGAUCAUUUCUGCAUGAAGGCUAAUUAACUUGGGAUGAUUGCAAGCGACAGAGGUAUGCUGCUUUGACCAGUGGGCGAUGCUGCUCCUAUCUGAGGCACUCAUCGAUGAGUUCUAUUGAAUCCUAG